AAUUCAAAAAAUUAUUGGUUAGUAAUGGAAUAUGCAGACAGUGGUACUCUUCAAGAAUAUUUGAAGGAGCAUUUUGAUAAACUUACUUGGGAUGAUAAAUCUAAUAUGGCACUUCAGUUAGCCUGUGCUAUACUAUGCUUACAUGAUGAAGGGAUUAUUCACCGUGAUUUGCAUCCUAGAAAUGUAUUAGUACAUCAAAAUAUGAUUAAAUUAGCAGAUUUUGGGUUAUCAAAAAGAAUUGAAGAAUCAUCCAGCCUCCAGUCUUCAAAAUUAUUUGGGGUAAUCCCUUAUAUAGAUCCAAAAAAACUUAAUAAUGAUAAUUACAAAUUAAAUAAAAAAAGUGAUAUUUAUAGUAUUGGAAUACUUUUAUGGGAGAUAUCUAGUGGUAAAUCUCCUUAUAAAGGAUCAAAUACUAUUAGUUUAGCGAUUAAAAUAGUAAAUGGCGAAAGAGAGAAACCU